CGGCAAUGGACCGUCAUCUCCCGCGCAAUGUCAUACCUCAACUCCUACCAACAUCCCUUCAGCAAUCUCCCAAAGGAUAUACACCUCACCACCCCCCCAGACCAGUAUGACUUUAACUACGUCUUCGAAGUCAAGGAGCUCAGGUCAGAUCGAGUCGAGCUCAGGCCGCUGGUACCAUCUCUCCAUGCCCAACUCAUUUAUGAUGGUGUGACAAAAUACCCAGAGGUAUUGAGGUGGCUCGGUGUCAAACCCUUUGAAGACUUGGGUGACGUACUUGUUUGGAUAGAGACUACCUGCAGGGCACCUUCCGACUCUCAAUUUUUUGCCAUCUUCUCGGAACCACCUAAUUCCCAGGACAAAACAGUUGCUCCGGAAGAUUACGAAUUUGCAGGGAUCAUCGGGAUGAUCAACUCGAGCUAUCAGGCUAUGAUUUCAGAGCCCGGCUAUAUCACCAUUCUUCCUCCAUACCAUAGGACGCACGUGCAAACCCACUGUUCCGGUCUGAUCAUGCAUCGCAUCCUCGAUCACCCUUCUCAGGGUGGACUGGGGCUCAGGAGGUGUCAGUGGCUCACUACGACACUUAACUCCGCCAGCCAAGCAGCAUCCAAAAGGAUGGGAUUCAGCUUUGAGGGAGUGCUCCGUUGUAUGAAGGUUUUACCUCAGGGAAAGGAAGGUAUCAGGGAUGGACGACCGAAUGUCAGACAGGCGGAGUGCAUGGUCCGAAACGACUGGUACUCCUCUGUUACAUGGUACGAAUGGGAAGAAAGUGUGAGAGAGCAUGUUGAUAAGCUUAUGGCCAGACGAUAGGUCAGUCUCAAAGGUUGCACGACUUUCAGAGCUUUCGUAUAUGGUCAAACAACCCCCUGAUAGACCGAUGCAGCAAACAGAAUGAGAAA